AGCUGUGUUUUCAGGAGGAGGGUCUGUCUUGUCCGAAGGAUCAACAGAUUAAGCUGUAUCGAAAAUGGGGGACUUUCUGGCGUUGAAUAACGGAUGUGGCCAGAAUAUUUUACAGCUUGUUUCGCGUGGAAAUGCCAUUAUAGCUGAGUUGAUGCGGCUGAAGGAUUACGUGCCACCAAUUUUUAGGCAGGCUGAUCAACGUUACAGCCAAAUUAUCUUGGAUUUCUCCUAUUUCAAGGCUGCCGAUGCGUAUGAGCAUAAAAUAGAAAAUGAUUCUGUAUUGCAGGGACUAGACGAAGAGAUGCGUGAUACAUUUUCAGAUAUUCUGACCAGAUUUUAUCUGGCCUUUGAAAGUAUUCACAAGUAUGUUACCGAUUUGAAUACUUUUACGGAAGAAUUGGAGGAUGGAAUAUACAUACAACAAUCUAUUGAAACAAUAAUGCUCAGCGAAGAAGGAAAGCAGUUGAUGUGUGAGGUGGUGUAUUUGUACGGAGUCAUGCUUUUGCUGGUUGAUCUUCACUUCGAAGGACCAAUUCGAGAACGCCUGCUUGUUUCCUACUACCGAUACAAUGUACAGCAUAUAUCAACGACGAGGGUAGAUGAUGUCUGUGUCCUACUCAGAUCAACAGGAUUCAGUAACGCACCUUUCAAACGCCCUGCAAACUAUCCGGAAGCAUAUUUUAAACGGAUUUCGCUCAACACUCUUCUCGUUGAUCUCGUAAUCAGUCGCCUUCGCUCGGAUGAAAUAUACAAUCAAAGUCUGGCCUUUCCUUAUCCAGAACAUCGAAGCAUCGCGCUAGCCAGUCAGGCUGCAAUGCUAGUUGUGGCUCUAGCCUUUAGCCCAUCGACGCUUCACUCACAAACUUCGAUAAUGAGAGAAACAGUGGAUAGAUUUUUUCCAGAUAACUGGGUGAUCAGUAUAUACAUGGGGCUAGUGCUGAACUUGUGGGACUGGUGGGAGCCAUAUAAAGCUGCAAAAAAUGCUCUGAAUAACACGCUUGAGGCUUCAAACGUGAAGCAAACUGCGCAAAAGUAUGGGCAGCAGUUAAAGAAGCAGGUAGCCAAUACCAAAGAAUUUCAGUUAUCCAAAAGGGUGGAGGAAAAUGCAAUUGGAAACACUGUUAAGCUUGUUCGUGACUGUAAUGUUACUCUACAUUGGAUCCUCCUUCACACCUCAAUGCCUGGUAUGUUCAGCGAAGGAUCCAAACGAUCGCGGAGUAUCCGCCAGCUCGUUAUACAGGAAUCCAAAUACGUCGCCAUUGAAUGCCUCUGGCUUUUGCUUAGUACUGCUCAACUAGAGCAAGACGUUAAACAGAUGUACAAACAGCUGCUGACUGACAAAGAAACAAUUUGGACGCGUCACAAAGAGAUUUGCGUUGAGCGUAUAUCUGGUUUGGCAGAAGUGUUCAGUGGAAACAGGCCGCUAGACGGGGUGGAAAAGAAUGAAUGCUUGCAGGUAUGGUUCAAAGAGAUAGGAAAACAUGUUGAUUCCCUACAGCAAGACGAGGGAAGAAAGAUAGUGCAGCUGUUUCAGGCCCUGGAAGAAGUUCAAGAGUUUCAUCAAUUGGAGCAUAAUCUACAUAUAUCUCAGUAUCUUGCUGACACUCGUGAUAUACUGCAGAGUAUGCUUCGCACCAGUAGUAUAUCUGAGGACGUAAUGAUCGCCUUGAACAUCGUAACGGACUGUAGCUAUGCAUGGAACAUUAUGGAAUCUUUCACAACCAUCAUGCAGGAAUGUAUUAAGAAGGAUCCGCCGAUGGUUAUCAAGUUAAAGCCCCUUUUUUCGAAGAUGGCAUCUGCGUUGGAAACGCCACUCCUACGUAUAAAUCAAGCUCACAGUUCAGAUUUGUCUUCAGUAUCACAGCAUUACAGUAGAGAAUUGGAAGGAUUUGCUCGACGUGUUCUUCAAGUUAUUCCAGAAACAGUAUUUGGCUUACUUGCGCAGAUUGUCGAUUUGGAAACCAAUCAUCUCAAAGAGAUACCUUUGCGAUUAAGCAAGGAUAAACUAAGAGAGUAUGCACAGCUGGAUGACAGACUUAAGGUAGCUAAGUUAACGUACACUGUAUCAGUUUUUACGGAAGGGGUGCUUGCCCUAAAGAGUGUUUCGUUGGGUAUUCUACGAGUUGAUUCUCACCAGCUACUUGAAGACGGAAUAAGACAAGAGCUUGUUGAAAAAAUAAGCCUCGCAUUGCACAGUGGCCUUACAUUCGAUCCAAAGUCAAAGACUAGUGAAUUGGUCAAAAAGUUGGAAGAACUUGCGGUGGUAAUUGAGGGCUAUCGCAGAUCCUUCCAAUACAUUCAGGACUACAUAAAUAUCAACAGUCUCAAGAUAUGGCAGGAAGAGAUAACUUUCAUAAUAAAUGAUGCGGUCGAGCAGGAGUGUAAAGGGUUACUAUGGGUACAGGGCAGAAGAAACUUACAAAAGAAUAAAAUAAACAGUCUGCUAGUAUCAAGCGAUUCCAACUCCAUCAAUUUUAUAGGUAGAAUUGUACGCGAAUUACUACGCGUUACCGAUCCAAAAACUACCGUGUAUGUCGAACACACGAUUGCAUGGUAUGAUUUGAAGACCCAGACGGAGGUUUUAAAUCAUAAAAUUUUCUCCGUUAUAUUAAAAGCAAUGGGAAUACCCGGUCUAACUGGAUUAGAUAAGCUGAUAUCGUUUUUGGCAUUUACGGAGAUUGAAAAGUGUAUAAACUACUUGGAAAAAGGAUUUCAAGACAAAGCUUGGAUCGAUGUGUUCAACGAAUUUAACAGCGUCACAGAGAAUACAGAUGUACCAAAAGGAAAGCACUAUCUGGCGAUUUCAUCACGCUUCGCAAAGACCUGGCAGCCGAUGCUAGAUUGGGUUUUGAAAAUUGGACACAUGCAGAUGCUGCGUAAAAAAAUAGCUUAUGAAUUGAACAUUGCCUGCAAAUUCAAUGCAAAACAACUAGAAAUGGCAUUGAGAACAUUCAACAAUGCAAUUAUAUCGGAAAUAUGCAGUAAUCGUGACUGGGAUCAGCAAGACCCAGUUCGUAAAGAUCUGCUCCGUAAUUUGAGCACCAGAUUGAAUUGGGCAGGCAUGAAUGAUCCGUAUGAGAAACAAUAUGUUAAUGCUAUGAAAGCCAACAACAUUGAGAUGAUAAUAUUUUUACUCACUGUAUGGCAGCUGCCAAAAAUGCAUUAUUCCAGAAAACUUGCUAGUCUUUUGAGCAAAAAGGCUCAAGACCCCGUUGAUGCAGUCGUUUUCGUCAUAGGAGUUCAAACCAUACUACAUCAAUGCAAUGCUGCCGCAAAAGAGGAUUACGUAUCGCAUCUUUGCCAAUAUAUCCUGUCCUUUGAAAUCAGCAAUGGAUCGAAAAACGCUCAAAUCCUGGAGGAAGAAGGCAUCACUGGAUUGAACUACUUAGAGGAGUUCGUAAAGUACUCCAAUUUACCUAAGUCCGCUAUACUGAAGCACAUUCCGGUCAUUCUGCUGGAUCAAUAUCACACGAAGACUAUGAAGUAGAUUAUGUAUAUGGAUCUUUAAUUGAAUGCAAAUUUGUUCACACAUUAUUGUACAGAGGUGUAAAAAGUUUCUGAUAAGAAUAAGAUUUUAAGAAAUAAUUAUAUGCGUCGUACAGUAUAGACAUAUACAUAUAUUGACCCAUAUUUGUACAAAAUCGCGCAUAUGUGUAAUUUGCAUUAGAAUGAUGAUGCUAAUGCGUUCAGCUGAGCUGAAACAAUAAACACGUUGCUAACAAUUCCU